GUGACUUUCUCCGUGGGUGCUCGGGUGGAGGAAGCCGUGAGGCCGGAGCAUAGGUCGGGGAGUGAUGGAGCGCUGAGCCGUUAACGUCUGCCAGGCUGUCUGUCUCCGUACCUGUUAGUGCUGGCACCUCCUCCUUUGACACCUUCCUGGGUCGUCUCUCUUGAUAUUGGAAGAAAUACCUGGUAACAGACAUGACUGAGUUCUGGCUUAUAUCGGCUCCUGGGGAGAAAACCUGUCAGCAAACAUGGGAGAAACUGCAUGCAGCAACUACAAAGAACAAUAAUCUUUCUGUUACUUCAAAGUUCAACAUUCCUGACUUAAAGGUUGGCACACUGGAUGUCCUGGUCGGUUUGUCAGAUGAACUGGCUAAGCUGGAUGCAUUCGUAGAAGGGGUGGUAAAAAAAGUGGCCCAGUAUAUGGCUGAUGUAUUAGAGGAUAGUAAAGAUAAAGUUCAGGAGAAUCUCUUGGCCAAUGGAGUUGACUUGGUCACCUAUAUAACAAGAUUCCAGUGGGAUAUGGCCAAAUACCCAAUCAAGCAGUCCCUGAAAAAUAUAUCUGAAAUAAUUGCCAAGGGAGUAACUCAGAUUGACAAUGACCUGAAAUCUCGAGCAUCUGCGUACAAUAACCUGAAAGGGAACCUUCAGAAUUUGGAGCGAAAGAAUGCGGGAAGUUUGCUAACUCGAAGCCUAGCGGAAAUUGUGAAGAAGGAUGACUUUGUUCUUGAUUCGGAGUAUCUCGUCACAUUAUUGGUGGUAGUUCCAAAGUUAAACCACAAUGAUUGGAUUAAACAGUAUGAAACACUAGCUGAAAUGGUCGUUCCAAGGUCUAGCAACGUUCUCUCAGAGGACCAAGACAGCUACCUUUGUAAUGUCACCUUGUUUAGGAAGGCAGUUGAUGACUUCAGACACAAAGCCAGGGAAAACAAAUUCAUUGUUCGUGACUUCCAGUAUAAUGAAGAGGAGAUGAAAGCAGAUAAAGAAGAAAUGAACAGGCUUUCUACUGACAAGAAAAAGCAAUUUGGACCGCUUGUGCGGUGGCUGAAAGUGAAUUUCAGUGAGGCGUUUAUCGCUUGGAUUCAUGUGAAAGCAUUAAGGGUUUUUGUUGAGUCUGUUUUAAGGUAUGGUUUGCCAGUGAACUUUCAAGCAAUGCUACUUCAGCCCAAUAAGAAAACAAUCAAGAAACUGAGAGAAGUAUUAUAUGAAUUGUAUAAACAUCUAGACAGCAGUGCAGCGGCUAUUAUUGAUGCUCCUAUGGAUAUUCCAGGCUUAAACCUCAGUCAACAGGAAUACUACCCUUAUGUUUACUACAAGAUUGAUUGCAACUUGCUGGAAUUCAAGUAAAAAUGAGCUCCUCGCCAGACAAUCUUGUCCUUGUGUUGGUGUAUGCUAACAGACACAGGUUGCCGUAUAAUAGUACUUUUAGCUCUAUUAUCCUUGGCUUGCUUCUGACCCCCAUCCUGGGUGUCUUCUCCCACAGUGGUCCAUUUCUCAACAUUUUCUUCUUAAAGGAAAAUGUAUGUAUUGUUUCUUUUUAUUGAUCAGGUAUGUAAAUGUGUAGUAAAAAAAAAAAAAAUCAGAGUUUAUUUAUAAACUGAAUAGUUUAUUUAAAGAGAAGGUCUUUCCUCACUGAUAUUGUGGUAUGCAUCAAUUCCAUUUGUUACUGUUGUGCACAAAGACCUUGUUUACAAGGGAAUGGUGUAAACUCUUAUACCAUUUUGCUCACUGUAUUUGGUAGACAUAACUGUUUAAUAGUUAUUGAAUCAUGAUGUAAAGAAAUGUGACAAUAUUCAGGUAUGUGCUUUCUGAAUGUUUCAAAUUAUACAGUGUGCGAGCACUGUCAACACCCACAGGAGAGAAUAAAAUGACCUGUGCAAAGGUGUAUUGUGGUGUGUGUGACUUCAGAAGAUUCCACUUCAGUUUGAGAGUCUAAUAAAUGAUGUCAUAGCUAACUUGCUAUGUUACUUUCAGGCUUUUGGUAUAUGCUGAGGUGACAGUUUUUGUCUGACUUGAGAGUGAUUUAACUGUGCCAAAUUUGAGGCAGAGCACAUACUUGAAGAUUAUUUUUCAACAAAUAAUGGGCGUUUACAUUUGUUCACUGAACUUUUAGUUCUCUAAUUAGGAAGUAGGGCCGAUUCUGAAUAAAGUACAGCAAAACUAUG